CUCCCGACGAUCGUGUUACCCCACGGCGGCCCGCACGCCAACUGCCCGGCGGCGUACGUAACCUCGGUCGCGUAUCUCGCGUCCUUGGGGUACGCGGUGUGCUACUGCAACUACCGGGGGAGCACCGGGUACGGGGACGCGCCGUUGCAGAGCUUGGUCGGGGGCGCCGCCGGGCGCGCGGACGUGGACGACUGCGUCGCCGUCGCCGAACGCGCCGUGGCGGACGGCGUCGCGGAUCCCAAGCGACUGUGCGCCGUGGGCGGGAGCCACGGAGGGUUCCUCGCCGCGCAUCUCGUGGGCCAGCGACCGGACGUGUUCCGAUGCGCGGUGCUUCGCAACCCGGUGACGGACAUCGCGGCGAUGGUGCCUUUGACGGACAUCCCCGACUGGUGCUUCGUGGAGACCUUGGGGAGGGAGGCGUACAGCGAUUUGCCCUCGACGGAGGCGCUUAUCGCGAUGCGAGAGGCAUCCCCGGUGCGAUACGUCAACGAAGUGGCCAAGCACGAUCGGCCGGUUUUGAUGUUACUCGGCGGGGUGGAUCUGCGGGUACCGCCCACGAACGGCUUGCGGUACGCGGCGGCGCUGAGGGAGGCGGGCGGGAGGUGCGAGGUGCGGAUGUUCCCCGAGGAUUCGCACGGUCUGCUGAACCCCCGGACGGAGUUCGAGUCGUUCGUCACCGUCGCGGGCUUCCUGA